ACACCCUCCCCCCCACAUCUCUCUCUCUCUCUCUCUCCUCCUGUCCAUUUCCUUCAGCAGAAGAACUAUAAGAAGGCAAAGGGUGAGGACCUGACAAGCUCCUCUCAAGCACGAUGGUGAAAAGAAAAGAUGGUGGUGGGUUGGGACACCUUCCAACGGUCAUUGGGCUAAUGGGCCUUGUGGGCCUUCUAGCGGUCGCCGACGUCGAUGGUGGGUAUCCGGUGGUGGGCGGCGCUGCCAAGCUUGGUCUCUCCAGUAACCCGUAUCGCCACCGCGAGCGUGUUGUUCGUCGAGUGGAGAGCCUCAAGGCCUCCCUCGCCGCCGGGACGGCCCCUUCGCCGAGUCCGCCGAUUUCAUCGAGAUCGCGAGUGUACCAUGUGACGGACUACGGUGCCGACCCAACUGGGAAUACCGAUUCCAGUGCAGCCAUCAGUAAAGCAAUCUCUGCCGCCUUCCGAGACCCAUCUGAUCGUGUUUUGAUGGCCGGGAUCGCCGAUCUUGGUGGUGCCGAGAUCCAUUUAGAUGGGGGCUCAUACUUGAUUAGUUCUCCAAUAACAUUACCAGCUACUGGAGGUGGCAAUCUUAAGAUCCACAGCGGAUCAUUACGAGCAUCUGAUGAUUUUCCAAAAGAUCGUUAUCUAAUUGAGCUAUGGGCCUCACACUCGUCUGCCUCAGACUCCAAAGGAGACAAUGAUUCCACUGACUACAACUAUGAGUACAUCACCCUCAGUGGCCUGAUGCUGGACUCCAAUUUCCGGGGCGGCGGCAUCGGCAUCGUGAACUCCCUUCGGACGACGAUCGAUAACUGUUACAUAGUCCAUUUCACAUCGGAUGGUAUCCUGGUCCAAUCAGGGCACGAAACUUACAUUAGAAACUCAUUUAUCGGCCAGCACAUCACGGCCGGGAGUGACCCUGGUGAAAAGAAUUUUUCCGGCACUGGGAUCAAUUUGAUGGGCAAUGACAAUGCCGUCACCGAUGUGGUCAUUUUCUCGGCGGCAAUCGGAAUUCUAAUCUCCGGUCAGGCCAACACCCUAACGGGGGUCCAUUGUUACAACAAAGCAACAGGGUGGGGUGGGACCGGCAUCUAUUUGAAAUUGCCUGAGCUAACCCAAACCCGCAUCAUCAAUUGUUAUUUAGACUAUACCGGUAUCGUUUCAGAGGAUCCGGUCCAGCUUCAUGUAUCGGAUUCAUUCUUCUUAGGUGAUGCCAAUGUGGUGCUCAAAUCAGUGAAAGGUGUGAUCAAGGGUGUUGAUAUCGUUGACAAUAUGUUUUCUGGUGGUGGUAAUGGUGUCAAUAUCGUCCAAUUGGAUGAAUCGAAUGGAAAAUUUAGCGACAUUGAUCAGGUAAUCGUGCAGCAUAACGUUGUUAGCGGUAUGACAUUACGAUCAACGGCUGCAAAGGCCUCAUUGGAUGGAAAUGGGAGCGUGUGGACCGUCGAUUUCUCACCGGUGCUACUGUUCCCUGACCGGAUCCAGCAUGUGCAGUACACACUGCUUGCUAACUCAGCUUUUCCAAACCAUGCGCUGCGGAACACAUCAGGGAAUCAGGUGGUGAUCGAGACUGAUGUGGCAGUGGCAGCGAGCGUCCAUGUGGCAGUGGACCAGAGUGUGGCAAGUAUUGGGUGAAUUCUAGUUUUAAGUGGCAUCAGGGAUUGUAGAGGUGGGGAAGGUUUUCAAAUUUCCUGUAGAACACUAUCAUCCUGAUUCAAUUGUUUCUGUUAUUUUCAUUGUUCACACAAUUCAAACUGAAAAUAAUAGUAAACAUACUUAAUGAAAGGAAACAAGUGAUGGAUUUCUUUAUA